AUGAUGAUGCGAUCCGUUGUGUGUUUGCUGGUUUUUCUGUUGAGUGUUGCCUUUGUCUGCAUGGACGCUAACGCAUUUACGAAUGAACCUGGAGAUAAAGAGGUUGGUUCGGUCUGUACUUCUGGUACUUGUACUGAUCCAGGUAAUGUCUUUACAGCUCUCUUUAAUGAAUCACUUCAUACUCCAACGUUGAAUACUAGUACAACUUCUUCCUCUGGUUCCAGCAUUGGGUCUUCUGUGAGAGAAGGUCAGGGUGAUCUUCACGGAACAGUUCUGCCGACACAGGAAAUGAUUCGUACACAAGACACACACCCAGGAGACUCAGGAGCACUUUCACGAGAAGAACAAGUUGAUGAGAGAAGUACGGAUCAAGAAGAAGGAGGAUCACGUGCCGAUUCUCAACCCGCCCACAAUGAAAGAGGUGGUGAAAGUACGUCUGAUACUUCUUCUGUUGCUCGAGAGGACAGGAGUAACAGCAUAGACGAAGCUAUUACGACUGUUCAAGAACAAAGCCAAAUUCCACCGUCGAAUCCACCUUCACAAGGUAACCCAGGAUCAUCAAAUAACACAGUGGAUAACACUACAACAGGAAAUUCUAAUUCUACCGAGCAAGCAUCUCCUGCAGCUGCAGGUACUUUUCCCACAACAGCUUCACAAGAGAAUGGUAAUGCUGAAUCAACGGCCACCACCACUAAUACUACCACAGAAGCACCAACCACCACUCCAUCUCCUGGUCCUGCACCUCCUGUUUCCGUAACCGACACACGAAUCAGCAGCAUUGCUUCCACUGUUCAGAAGAAGGCUAAUGUUGACAGCAGUGUCAGUCCUGUGUGGAUGCGCACUGCAGCAUCGCUACUGAUUGUGGUUUUGUUGUUCUCCGCUACCAUGUACUGA